AUGAACCUGACCGAACGCCUCGCCAUUGCUCUCAGCACGGUCCUUUCUGUUCUGGCCGUGGUUUUGAUAGGAGGCACCAUACUUGUGUGCUACCGUUACCGACAAGGUCGUCUUCCGUUCGUCAACCGUGGCAUCACGCCCAUCGAUGACGAGGAGAUUGAGUCUUGGAAGUAUAGAAAGGAGGAUGAAGACGCCUUUGAGAAGGGGCCUGCCUCCCUGACCAAGCACGCAUCGACAGCUUCGCUCAAGAAGCCGCCAACCUCGAGCAUCGGGAGAGAGCCAGUCGCCACACUCAUUCACAUUCACCAACGCGGGAAGAAGAGCAUUGAAAUUCCGCAGACGCCUGUCUUUGCUCGUGCACCGAACUCGCGGCCUGGGUUGACGGACGAGGCUGUUCAGGGCGAUGAAGCUUUCAUUCCCAGCCCCAAGCGGCAAACAUCCCGACUCUCCAAAUACCCACCCUCGUCAUCUGCCACAUCGCCUCGUGGCUACCACGGAAGGACACAGAGCUCGCGCAGUAGCUUCAGCUUUGGUGGUAGCAGUGUUCGCGAUCAGUGGUACGGCUAUGGCCACAGCUUCUACUCGGACGGGGAGUUUUCCCCUCGCUCAUCAAAUGAGCAGCUCGGCGGUUUCACCCAGCACGGUUUCCAUGGUUCUUCAGCCUCCUUCUCCGAGCAGCGAAACCACCAUCGUGUCUUCUCUACAUCAUCAGUUCCGCCCAGCACAUGCCUUGAUGACGAGGUUCCGCUGGGCGGACUCUCACCGCGGCCUGCCGUCCCACAGUCCGCGAUUGGCCGGGCUAUUGGCUGA